CACGUGACGAGUGAGAUCUUAAUGCUGCUGUUCACAUGACCAGACAUGGUUUAUGAUUCAGACAAAGAUCCUUUGACCAACAUUAACGCGUUUUCUCCGCGGGAUUUGCUCUACGAACGCUGGGGUACUCGUUUUUCAUCAUUUGUAUUCUUCACAGGAACAUAAACGACAACACGGAGGACUGAGUGACGACACAGCGCCUCUGUCACGUCAAGUGCAAGUUAGUUCUGCGCAGCACCGACACACGAGCUGCGCGUAGAGCUGUGACACGACCACAACAACAACAUCAGCAUCAGCUGUUUUCUACUUGAAGGAUUUACAAAGCGUGAAAAGAUGAACGUGUGUCAUGCGCUGCUUGCGUUCACUUUCGCCUGCGUUUCUCUUCCAGGUGGUAUCCAGGCUCUUACUUUUGAGGUCAAGGAGGGAAACUCCACCUGUAUUAAAGCCGAGCUUUCUGUUUCCUUCUCCAUCACUUACAACACCUCCAGCAGCACAAGAACGGUGCAGCUUCCUCUGCCGGACUCUUCCACAGUUGACGUCGGCAGAAGCACAUGUGGCUCAGACAGCAGCUCGGCGCGGUUGGUGGUGCUGUUUGGACCAGGCCACGCUCUCGGCCUGAGCUUUACAACCAACUUGAGUGUGUACAGCGUCACUAACCUGACGCUGCAGUACAACCUGAGUGACACUGUCUCCUUCCCUGAUGCAAGCAGCUCUGUCGUGGUGUUUGAGUUUACCACUUCAGUUGGGAUGUGGGCGUCGACCAACACCACCUAUCGCUGUGUGAGUCCCACUGCUGUUAGAGUGGGCGGAGACACUGUCACCUUCUCUGAUGUGAGGCUCGAGGCCUACAUGCCAGGAAAUGACCUGAGUCCAACAGUGGAGGUGUGUCAGAUGGACCAAGACCAUAUGCUCAUUCCCAUCGUUGUCGGAGCGGCUCUUGCUGGUCUGGUGCUGAUUGUGCUCAUUGCGUAUCUAAUAGGCAGGAAGAGGACUCAUGCUGGAUAUCAGACCAUCUAAAUAAACCUUCCAUUCCUUUUGCACCUGAUUGACUGAAAAGUGUUAAUGAACAUGAGUAAUGGAAGUAGCAGUUUUUCCUAUGUUGAGCAUGUUUUUAUGUGACGUCUGGAGAUUUUAUUUAAUUUUUUUCUCUGUUGUGAGAAGAAAAAUACUUGUUUAAGUGAUGAGGCUUAAAAGUCAUGUGAUCAAUGAUGGAGGCAGUUUGAAUUGAUCUUUUUUGAAGGUAAUCUGCUGCUCAGCUCUACUCUGUUUUUAGAAUCAGUUGAAUUUCAAUGAACUGCAGUUUGUUGUUAGAUUGAAUUAUUUUUCAAAAAAAUUAAAAUUACGCACAUUGUACACAGAAUUUCAUAAUGAUGCAUCUGUUACUGAAAGAUAAUAAAGUCUGGGCUAUUUUCACAUAAUA